AAGGAGCCCCGACUAGCGGCUCCCAGCGGCCGGUACACCGUGGUGAGUUCAGGCUCCACCUCUCACGAUACUCCCGGGUUUGUGGGCUGUUACCAGGCAGACACACGUCCAACAUGGCAGCAUCGAGCAACGCAGAGCAAACGCAUUUGCAAGACAUGGAGGAGGAAGAUGCGGGGAUGGAGAAGAGAGAUAUGGAGUCGGACGAAGAAGAAGAGGAGGAGGAGGAGGAGGAGGGUAUGGGAGUAGAAAGUUCAGAGGAAGAAGAGGACAAUUCGUCGGAAGACGAGAAAGAAAACGAGGCAGAGAUCCAGCGUUUGGAGGAGCAGCUGUCAAUCAAUGCAUUCGACUACAACUGCCACGUUGAUCUCAUCAAACUACUGAAGCAUGAGGGAGAACUUUGCCGUCUGCGAAAGGCAAGGCAGAAAAUGAGUGAACUUUUCCCCCUCACUGAAGAGAUCUGGCUAGAUUGGCUCAAGGAUGAAAUCCGUCUGACUGAAGAGGAGCAAAACCGGGAGAAAGUAUAUGAACUUUUUGAGAAAGCUGUAAAAGACUACAUCUGUCCAGAUAUCUGGCUUGAAUAUGCUCAGUAUUCAAUUGGUGGCAUGGGCUCACCAGGUGGGAUGGACAAAGUGAGGUCCAUCUUUGAGAGAGCUGUGACGAAUGUGGGACUUCACAUGACCAAGGGACACACGGUGUGGGAAGCGUACAGAGAGUUCGAGAACGCCAUUCUUUCCACAGUACAGCCUCCCCCAGGAAGGAUUCCUACUCGCGAGGAGCAGGACCGACUGAAAACUCAGAUUGAGCGUAUCCAUACGCUGUUUCGUCGCCAGUUGGCCGUCCCCUUAAUGGACAUGGAAGCCACCUAUGCAGAGUAUGAAGAGUGGUCUGAAAAUGGGGUGGCUGAGACGGUCAUACAUCAGUACAAAAAGGCUUUGCAGCAGAUGGCGAAGUACAAAUCUUUUGAAGAAUCACUGAUAGUAGCAGAACCUCCCAAACUGGCAGAGUAUCAGUCCUACAUUGAGUUUGAGUUUAAGGAGGGCGACCCUGCACGGAUCCAGAUCAUCUUUGAGCGGACUCUGGGAGAGAACUGCCUUGUACCAGACAUGUGGGCAAAAUACACCACUUAUCUUGAUCGUCAGCUGAAGAUCAAAGACAUUGUUCUCUCCGCACAUGAACGUGCCGUCAGGAACUGCCCCUGGACGAUGGGUCUGUGGAAGAGCUACCUGCUAGCUCUGGAGAGGCAUGGAGCUGACCACCAGACAGUCUCAGAGGUUUUUGAAAAGGCGCUGAAUGCCGGUUUCAUUCAAGCGACGGACUAUGUGGAAAUUUGGCAGGCAUACCUGGACUACCUGAGGAGACGUGUGGAUUUCAGCAAAGAAUCAAGUAAAGAGUUGGAGGAGCUUCGAGGAGCUUUCUCUCGAUCUAUAGACUACAUGAAGCAAGAUGUUGAAGAAAGAUUUGGUGAGAGUGGAGAUCCUUCUUGUAUCAUAAUGCAGAUCUGGGCGAGGAUAGAGGCCCUCCACUGCAAGAACAUCCAAAAAGCCAGAGAACUGUGGGACAGUAUCAUGACAAAAGGGAACGCUAAGUAUGCCAACAUGUGGCUGGAGUACUAUAACCUUGAAAGGUCUUAUGGAGACCCUGUUCACUGUCGGAAAGCUCUCCACAGAGCAGUUCAGUGCACCUCAGACUACCCUGAGCAUGUGAGUGAAGUCCUGCUCACAUUUGAGAGGGUUGAAGGUUCUCUGGAGGACUGGGACGUGGCGGUGCAGAAGACAGAGACCCGGCUGAACAGGAUUAAUGAGCAACGAGCAAAGGUUGCUGAGAAAGAGGCCAACCUGGCUCGCCAAGAUGAUGAGAGAACUGAUCAGCGGCGGAAGACCAAGGCAGACAAGAAGUCUCAGAAGAAAGUCCAGAAGGGAACGCGAGCUGGGGAGAAGAGGAAAGCCGAGCAGGAUGAUUAUCAUAAUGAGUGGAACGAUAACUCUGCCACUAAAAGGCACAGAGGAAACGGGGACCAAACCAGAGAAGAGCACAUGGAGACGGAGAGCGGACUCUUUGGGAGGAAUGCUCCCCCUGGCUAUAAGCCUGGCCCACCCGGCGCUAAAAGAGCCCAGCAGAGAGCUGCGGCCACCGGCCACAAACCGAACGAUGACGAUGUCAAGCCGGAGCUUCGCAACGAUAAAAGCAGCGUGUUCAUCAGCAACCUGGCGUACACCCUGGAGGAGCCAGAGGCAAAGCUGAGGACGCUGUUCGAGACCUGUGGUCCCAUCGACCAGAUCCGCCCCGUCUUCAGCACCAAAGGGGCAUUCAAAGGCUACUGCUAUGUCCAGUUUGAAUCCACAGUGUCUGUCGCUGAAGCCCUGAAGCUGGACAGACGGGAGGUGGAUGGCAGGCCCAUGUUUGUGUCACCUUGUGUAGACAAAAACAAAAAUCCUGACUUUAAGGUGUUUAAAUACAACACAAACCUGGAGAAACAGAAGAUCUUCAUCUCUGGGCUGCCGUUCUCUUGCAAUAAAGAACAACUGGAGGAGAUCUGCAAAAGUCAUGGCACCAUCAAAGAAAUUCGUCUGGUCACGUAUCGCUCAGGAAAACCCAAGGGUCUGGCAUAUGUUGAGUUUGCAGAUGAAGCCCAGGCUUCUCAGGCAGUUCUGAAAAUGGACGGCAUGUCUGUAGAGGACAACAAAAUCGCUGUUGCUAUAAGUAACCCUCCUCGCAGAAACAUGGAUAAACCUGGUUUCAUGACAGAAAUGCCUCGCCAAGUCUUUGGAGCGAGAGGAAGAGGACGCACCCAGCUCUCGCUACUUCCUCGUUCACUGCACCGACAAAGUGGGACAGUAAGCAAAGCCGAGAAUGGAACUGCGGCUCAGCAGGUGCCGACAACAGAAAGCGCAGCAGGGAAUGCAGCUGGAGAGACGAAACCUUUGUCCAAUUCAGACUUUGCCAAGAUGCUUCUCAGCAAGUGAGGAGAUGAGCGAGAGAAUUACGACCGCCUUCACACUGAAAGCCAUCUUGUGUCCUUACAAAUGAGUGUUCGUGACUUUUCUGUAAUUGGUUACCCGGCUUCCCUUUAAUCUCAGUCUAUUCUCAUCAUCCGUUCUGCAAAUUUGCCUUAAUCACAGACUCCUGCCCUCCAUCAGGACUUUUCACCAGUGUGACAGAUUGUUUUUUCCUUUGGUUUGUUUGAAGGUGUUCUGCCGGAUAUUUUAUUAAAAAAAAAGUGUAUCAUAUUUGUGUGUAAAUAGACUGUAUCUAAAAUUGUUUAAAAAAGUGUUUUUUUGUUUAAGUGGAAAGGAUCUGGGAGAAGCAUAUGGGAGAGAUAUUUUUUUUUAUAAAUAUUAUAAACAGCCAACCUUGUGAUUGUGUUUAAGGUUAUAUGCAAAAGUUCAGAUGUGCUGUAAUAUAGAUGGUGUGUGUGUGUGUGUGUGUGUGUGUACGGAAGUUGGGUGUUCUAGAGUUGGAUGUUUUUAGGAAACCUAGGAUUUAUGUUAUGUAACUUAUUUUGAGCCCUGAGGAAAAGUUAUAAAGGACAGAAAUUACUUUUUACUGUAUAGUUUAACUAAUGAUUAUUUUUACAUAUUCCAAUCCAUGAUUUACCUUCUGCUAUUAAUCAUCAGUAAAAAAAACUGCUCUGUUAUGUCAGACUGCUAAGACUGGAUAUCAGUUACAAUAUUUACAGAACUGCUCGAAUCAGUUUCUCAUAAUUAAUCCUUUUACAUUCUUCACUGUUAAUGUGACCUGUGUGUUCUGAGUAAAAAAAAAAACAUCCAUCUUAAAGUAAUUUAUAUAGUUUUCUAUAUUUCAGUCUAACUUGUGUGCUUAUAACGAAAGAAAGAUUCAAAGGGAAAUGAACCAUAUUCUCUGCACCCUGUGAAACUCGAGGUUGCCCAUGUGAGCAGGGUGUUAAAUGAGGCUCAAGACGUUUGGCUAAUUGGCUGCUUUCAGCUUUAGGCGAGUCAUCAAACGACUGAAUAUUUACUGGCAGUUUCCAGCAUCUAAAUUGUUUCCUUCUUACAUUUUGUUAAAUAGGAUUUAUUUGGUUUUUAAAACUCAUGAUAGGACAAAAUGUACAUGUGAUGACAUCUUAAGCCCUACGAAAUUGAGAUAGGCAUUUUUCAUAGUUUUCUCAAGUUUUGUAGAACGAACGAUAAAGAAAAAUAAUUGUCAAAUUUAUCAAUCAUUUAAACAAAAUAGCUGUACUUGCAGCCCUGCAGGAUAUGCUUGAUAGGAAGAGGCAUGCAUUAGUUUAAGGUGUUAAAAAGGGUUAUGAUAUAACAAUAAAUACUAGACAGUAUGUCUAUUUAAGUCUGCAGCUCCUUCGACACAAGAGAAGAGAAUCAAUGCAGUUUUUAGUUUGUUAGAAGUCGACCAUAUGUCCACUUUUCAUGUUUGGAUAUUAACUAUUCUGUUUGUGUACAUAAAGUUCAGUAGAUUAAUUUCAUAAAGGACACCAUAGUUUGUUAUAAAAAUAAAUCUAAGUUUUCAAAACAGAUGGAAUACAAGCUAUAUGUAUUGCUCUCACCAAAGUGGCCUAAUCUUAAAAAAAAUAAAUCACUUUCCGUUUUGUGUCAAUACUAAAAGAUGGUUCGUGUACAUUGCUCCGGUUUUGAUUACGUUCUAUAGUCAGUGUUUUGAAUUUGGUAUAGAAGUAAACACUAAAUAGAGCUUUGUUAGGUGUUCAAUCACAGUAAUUAUUUACCUGCUUGUUUCAUUAUCUACUGUUUUCUACCCAUGUGUUUUGGUUUUCUGUAAAAUAGAAAAGGAAGUAAUGUAUUUUUUCUGGUCUAAAACUUGUUUUAAUAAAGUCAUGUAAAUCCUC